CGCAAAUGUGGUCCUCUCUUCCCCAUUAUCAAUUCUCAAACCGACUUUACCUGGACCUGAGGCCAAGAAGAAAGCAGAAGAAAGGCGUUCUUGAAAGCAAACUUUUUAUUUAUCACUUGUUCAUUCUUAUUUCUCACAGUCGAACCCUUCACCAGUCCUCGCCCUUCAAUUCUCUCUGAAUCUCCCUUGCUCUCUGCUCGCUUUUCAGUUCCCCUUCGCCCUCAAUUUCUCUUUAUUUCUCUCUCAGACAGGCAAUAUAUUCGUCAGUUUUCGGCAUUUCCACAGUUGGAAUUACUCAUCCACCGCUGGCAAGACUCGUACAAUCGCAAUUCUACUUUAUCUGCACAGUCAAGUAAGUCAUUUGGGUUGAUGUAUAUACUGAAUUUGUAUAGACCCUCUUUCGGGCAUCUCUGGCAAUGCUGUGGACAUAAGGAAUUGCGGGGCUGUUCUAGAGGGUUAACAUACAUUCCAAUCUCUACUGCUCGCGGCUUAGGUUCCAGAAAAAUUAUCGCAAUGUCUACAUCUGUAUCAAAAGAUUCUGGGAUAUCAGUUGCAUCAGUAGCAAUCCAGCCUCCAUCUCACCCUACCUAUGAUUUGCGUGGCAUCAUCAAGUUAGCCCUUGCAGAAGAUUCUGCUGAUUUUGGUGAUGUAACAUCUCUAGCAACCAUUCCCUCUGACAUGGUAGUGGAUGCUUUCUUUUUGGCCAAAGAGGAUGGCGUUGUCGCUGGUAUUGCUCUUGCUGACAUGGUGUUCCAGGAGGUUGAUCCUUCAAGUAGGGUGGAAUGGUCUCAAAAGGAUGGAGAUUAUAUUCAUAAAGGACUGCAAUUUGGAAAAGUUUCUGGGCAAGCACAAAGCAUCCUUGUAGCCGAACGGGUGGCACUAAACUUUAUGCAGAGAAUGAGUGGAAUUGCAACUUUAACUAAGGCAAUGGCAGAUGCUGCAAGCCCUGCAUGCAUUCUGGAAACAAGAAAAACUGCCCCAGGUUUACGUUUGGUGGAUAAGUGGGCGGUAUUAAUUGGUGGAGGUCAAAACCACAGGAUGGGUUUAUUUGAUAUGGUGUUGAUAAAAGAUAAUCAUAUAUCAGCAGCUGGAGGCAUCUCAAAUGCCAUUAAAUCUGUCGACUUGUAUCUGCAACAAAGAAAUCUUAAAAUGAACGUUGAGGUUGAGACCAGGACUCUUGAGGAAGUUCAUGAGGUACUACACUAUGCAACUCAAAACAAGACAUCCUUAACUAGGAUGAUGUUGGAUAAUAUGGUAGUUCCACUCCCAAGUGGCGAUGUUGAUGUGUCCAUGCUUAAGGAGGCUGUAGACAUCAUCAAUGGGAGAUUUGAGACUGAGGCUUCAGGAAACGUUACUCUGGAAACUAUACAGAAAAUUGGACAAACUGGGGUUACUUACAUAUCCAGUGGUGCGCUGACACAUUCUGUGAAAGCACUUGAUAUCUCUCUGAAGAUAGACACAGAGUUGGCCCUUCAAGUUGGAAGACGUACAAAACGAGCCUGAUUCUGAAUCCCCACGGAUUUGGGAUCAACCAGCCAAGUGAGAUGGCUUUGCUUUGGCUGAAACUCACUUUAUUACCCGUGAAUCACUCAUUUCCUUGAUGCCAAACAAUAAAUAAAUAAAAAGUGAGUGUUUUACUUUUCAGUCCUUAGAGAUAGUUUUUCUUUCUACAAAACCCCUCUUGUGAUGUUGUAGCAGCCAACCUUAAACUUUAUAUCAUCUUAUCUAUUAUUUAUUUCCAGCAAAAAGCUGUUUCCUUUUUGCCACCCCCUCCCUAUCAAUACUUCCUCUUUGUAUUUUUUUUUUUUUUUUUUUUUCUUUCUUUUGUGAUUCUUUCCGACCAUGCUCCUUUAAUGCUUUCUCUCUAUCUUUUCCCCCACCUUGUUUUCUUGUUGUCAAAACGUUAGAAGGCUGAGACACGAGUGUCUUGCUUUUGUGUAGGAUGCUUGACCCUUAAAUUUUUAUAUGAAUAAGAUGUUGACUCCCAUUUUCUAGGUU